AUGCCGAUCUGCAUCGAGUGCCGGCACCCGGUCAAGACACUAUGGACGCAGUACUCGGGGGCCGGGGACCCGUCGAGCGGACAUAACAUCCGGCUGACGGUAUGCAAGAAGUGCGGGCGCUUCUGCGACAAGUACGUUGAGCACGACUUCGUGGUGCUCUUCAUCGACCUCGUCCUCAUCAAGCCCCAGGUCUACCGUCAUCUGCUGCAUAAUACGCUGAUGCGAGAGCGCGACCAGUUCGACGAAUAUUGCCAACAACAGCCGUCUAUUAUACGUCUCGGAACGCUAUUGCUGCUCUUCGACGUCUAUCUCACUUGGGCCCGCAUCGAGAAGCAAGCUGCGCCUAAUCCGAAUUCUCCUACGGGGGGGAGUAACCUGGGGAGUCUGGCGCAGCAGCCUAUUGUAUUUCAAUAUCUAUUCUUUCUAAUUCUAUGCACUUUCUCUACGCUCGCCUUCCAUCUCAGCAUCCGAUUCCUAACCUCGUCUCCGUUCUCCCCACUCAAUUUCCUAGGCCUGCUGCCGACGUAUGCGCGGCCCAAUUCGGUAUCGACGGCGCUCCUGGUCUCGUCGUCUACUAAGCUGUUCCCGAUCCUCAUGGUCAUUUGGGACUACGACGUGCCUGCGGCAGCGCGCAGCCUCGGUUGGGCCGUUGUCGCAAACAAUGUUGAAGCCCUUAAGAUCUUACUAGACUGCGGGUAUGGCGUCGCGCUGGCUCUGGCGGCUGCGGGCGCUGUCGCUCGUUGGUUAGUAGGCAGAGCGGUCUUGUGGGUUGUUGGGCUCGAGGAUGUGGACUCGGGGGGCGAAAGCGGUGUUGCGGCUGAUGGGAGGGCGUUGUGGGCGCUACUCGUAUAUGCGAGGGAAUGGGCGGGAAGGCUAGCUGUUGGGUAA